AUGAGGAUUCGUGUCCAGAUCCUUAGACUGACGUCGUCAGCCCAAGAUGUGAGCACGGACACUGCAGAAGCAGCAGCAACAGCACAGGGACGCCUUGUGAUGAUGAUGAUGAUGAUGUCUUCGUCCACCCUCGAAGACGCCGGAGACUUCUUCAUGUCUCUGCUGUGCGCGUUUGGGAACUGGUACAAUGGCUCCGGGUUCGCCGAGGAGCACAGCCGCCUGUCCGAGGGCCCCAACGCCUCCCAGAUCCAGGUGGAGCUCUUCGCCCGCCAGUGGAGCGUCUUCCUGCUGCCACCGACCACCCGCCUGCUACAGGUGUGCCCCAUCCUGGGCUUCCUGGCAGCCUGCCUGGUCACCCCCCUGAUCCUGAGCCGCAUCCUCAUGGACACCGAGCUGCGGCAGCAGACCCGUUUCCUCCUGCUGGCCAACGCGCUGCUCAGCGACCUCCUCUUCCUGUCCGUCUACAUGCUCCUCACCUGCCUCAACGUGGGCGGCGUGGUCAUGUCCGACUACGCCUGCGCCGCCGUGCUGCUCCUGCUGGGGGCGCUCUACAUGGCCGGCAUCCUCAGCACCAAGGCCAUGGUGCUGGACACUUCGCUGGCCGUGCUGGCCCCUCUACGCUACCUGGCCCUGUGGCCGCCGUCCCGCACGCGGGGGGCGCUGGCCGCCAUCUGGCUGGCGUCGGUGCUCUUCCCGGCUGCCGCGGUGGGCACCUUCCUCUGGUACUACGCCACCGCCGCCGCCCACUGCUCCCUCCACAUCUGCUCCCUGCCACUGGUGCUGGUACUGGCCGUUAGCCACUCCUGGCCCCUGCAGGUGUCCACGCUGCUGACGGUGACAGGGAUCCUGGUCCUGCUGCUGCUGGUUCUCUCCGGCUACCUGGUGCUGUGCUGGCAGACGCGGCAGGCGGGCGUGUGGCGUGGCGAGCGCUCCUCGCGCGCCAGGGGCACGUUCCUCAUCCACUACCUGCACCUCUUCCUCUCCUUCUGCCCCAUGCUCGUGCUGGCCAUCGAGCUACUGCUGACCUCCCGCCAGAGGAGGCCCGACCUGCGGGCCAGCCUGUGGGUCUCGCUGGUGGUCUGCAACGUGCUGCUGGUGCUGCCCAAGGCACUGGCGCCUUACCUGUACGGGCUCCGCUACAGGGACCUGUCCACGGCACUGGUGGCUGUCUUUACGCCAGCGAAGCGCAGAACAUCGUCUGCCGUCAGUCCUGAAACUUGACUGUGUGUGUGUGUGUGUGUGUGUGUGUGUGUGUGUGUG